AUGGAGAAGGAUAAUACUCUGAAUAAAAGCUCUCAGCUACUUAUUAGUCCACGUUUUGCCUAAAAAGAUCCUUCUACAUAAAUUUCUCAUGAUAAUUUGUUUUCAAAUCAAAAAUUAAAUAUGACAAAACAGAUAAGCAUUCAAUAAUCAUAUUAAGCAAGUUAACUAAUUGAAAAGCAGGAUUUUAAUAAUUUUAAAAUAACCCUCUAGAUAACUUAGAUGAAUAGCUAAAAUACUGAGAGAUAGGAUUAUGUUAGCCCUCGCUCAUAAAUUUAAGAUCUUCUAUCAGCAAAUUAGAUGUUAGUCAACUCUCCAAAAACAGAUUAAUUCAAUGAAGAUGAAGUAGAAGAUAACUAGUUUGAUAUUCUUAAAAUGUAAAAAAAUUAAUCUAUCAAAUUAUAGAGGAAUGAAAGUAAAAGAUUAAGAUAUUUUUAAAGUGUCUCAAAUAAAUAAUCAUAUAUUUCAAUAAAUUCUAAUUAACAAGAUGAACUAUAAACAUAAAAAAGUAAAUUUAUGCAGUUAUAAACACUUUAGUCUUAAGUUUAAAAAGAUAAUAAUGCUUAAAAAAUGUUUAAUCUUAAGUAGAAAGAGAUAUAAAAACAAAAACGCAAAAGCAAAAAACUAAAACAAUUUACAGCUAGCUUGGCAAACUCAUCAGAUUCUCAUGCAAGUAGUAUUUAAUUAUCGAGAGUGAGCAUAUUAAAGCUAAAAGACCUGAUAAUAAAAAAGAAAGAGGAUCAAAUAAUAAAGAGGGCUAAAAUAUUUUAUUUUUUUGCUAUUGUUAUAUCUUUUACAGUGUUUUUAAUAUCACUAAUUGUUAUAUUUGAAAACAGUUCGAAUUUAAAAGAAUAUCUAAUAAACUUUCUUUAUCCUUUAUAAAUGAAACAAUACUUUGCAAAUUUUUUAUACAAUAACCAAGUUUAGCAAUUAAUUUCAUUAGAUUUUAUUUCAAGUUAAGGACAAUUAAGCGCCUUGAAUUCUACUGCUUCCUAAUAGAAUUAAUAGAUUUUAAACGAUAUGCUUUAAACAAAUAUCAAACAAGCCUACAGUUAAAAAUAAUAAUAAGCUUAAUUCGAUUAAUUCUACUCAUAAGAUUCAUAAGUAGUUUUUUUAAAAGACAAACUAAGCUUUUUAAACAGUAAUUAUGAGAUUUUCACAAAUUAAAUAAGUUUUAUUUAAAUAAUUAGCUAAGCUAUGCAGAGUCUAUAUUCACAUUAUGAUAAAACUGAAAAUUAUGAAAAUCAAGAAGGAAUAACCAUCCUAAAUUACAAUAAUUAUAUGAACUCCUUUGAUUAAUUUUAAAAUAAAAUCUUUAGCAGUGUCUAAGAUUAAAUUAAUGACUUGAUUCAAUAUAGCUUGAUGAGCAUGUGUUGCUUUAUGAUAGUAAUUUCACUAAUAAUAAUUUUAAGAUUGUAUACAUAAUAUGCAACAAUACAAAAAAUCUCAAAUGUAUUAAAGCUCUUUGCAACACUCUCUGGCUCAUAUAUAUAAUCAGAAACAAAUUCACUAAUCCAGUGUCUUUAACAAACUAAGUCUUAACAAGUAAAGAGGUUUUCAAUGAUCUAAUCUUUACACUCUAAAGAAAAUUAAAGGAUUAUUGAAGAAUAAUUGUUUUCAAAUAAACUGUAAAAGUUUGAUAAUUAUUCUGCAAAAAAAAAAAAUAUCUCAACAACUCUACCCCUCAAGAUUUAUCCUAAGUCAUUUUUAUUAUUUUCUUUGGUCACAUUUUUAGUUUUAUAGUCUACGCCGAUUGUCAUAACUAUCCCCACAAAUUACCUAUAUCACUCAAUAAGCGAUUUGCUAAAUACAUCAAUUUAUGCAAACAAUCUUUAAAUUAAUGUUAACGCUAAUUUCUAUUUCACACAAGGAAUGUUGCUAUAUAAAUUUUAUCCUAAUUACAAAGUCGAAUAUAACUCACAAGAAUUCAUAUAAAACUAAUAAAAUGCAAUUAAUCAAAAAUAAGUAGUUGUUUAAUCAUUUUCAGAUUCAGCAAAUAAUCUAUAAGGUGAUUUACGUUUAAAUUCUGCAGAGAUAACUAAUUAUAUAAGUAAUGUUUUAUAAGGUAACUUAUGUUCAUUAUCAAAAACAGAAUAAAUUCUUCAUAGUAGCUGCUAAGAUAUUAAUAAUGGUAUUCUAAUUAAAGGAAUUUUAGUUUCUGUUAACAUGAUUUAUACUGAGUUACAACAAAUUUAAGAAUUAAUCACAAAUUAAAAAUUUAAUAAGAAUUUGAGCUCGAGUGAAGUUUUGAAAAGUUAUGAUGACACUUAUUCAUAAAUUUAUGUAAUAAACGAAACACUCGUUUAAUUAAGUGAUUUCAUAAGUAGCUAAACGAAAGAUCAAAUAGAUUUUAUUCUAAAUCUCAAAAUAGUUUUAUUAACGACUCAGUUCAUUCUUGUCAGUGCAUUUAUAUACUAUUGCGUUUUUUAUUUCAUAAGAUAGAAAUAAAAAGAAUUGCUUUUGACACUCAACUAUUUUACUAUCAUUAGUGAUUAAUAACUAAUAACAAAUACAUAUAUCAAUAACUACAUUUUGAAAAUGAAAUGA